AUGACUCCUGCCAGCUAUAAAAGCACCACCACCACCACCGGUGGCCUUCCUCUUCUUCAACGCCAACACCUCAGCACCACCAACACCUCCACAAUAAUUAUCACCAAUGUCUUCAGCAUCAUCCCCUUCGCCCCCAUUUCCAUCAGGUUCAUCAUAUUAGAUCAGUGCCCCACCUAUUUCCCUCCAUUCCCUAACCGUUCCCAUCUGUUCCUUACUGCUUGGGGUCACCAUCACCAUCACCGGUAUCGAGCAACAGCAGCGGGGCAGCAGCAGAAGCAGCAGCAGAAGCAGCAGCAGAAGGGUCAGUGGUAG